UCAGGUGUUGCAAAUGCUACAGAGUUUUAGCAGCGCUCUUCGAUGACUACGCAAAGAAUUGUGUGUCAAAUUAAUGGAUUUUCAUCUGAAAUGAUCUUCAUAAUUUUCUUAAUCUGCAUACCUUUUGUUCAUUCAGCGUCUCACACGCUCAUCACUACAUACACCGGAGUAAAUGGACAGACAGUUGCAGAAACUCCAGAAGUUUCUUCUGUAUCUACACUGGAUGGACAACAGAUUGAUUAUUAUGACAGUGUUAUAAAGAAGCUGAUUCCCAAACAGGACUGGAUGAAGGAGUUUGCUGCUACAGAAAUAUGGAAAGAAUACACUAAGAUCAGAGAACAAGUGCAGCAGAUCAACAAAAUCAACAUUACUGCUCUAAUGGAGCAAUUCAGUCAGCCACAUGGUGUUCAUACAUAUCAGAGGAUUUAUGGAUGUGAUUGGGAUGAUGAGACUGGAAAAUCACAUGGGUUUGAUCAGCACGGUUAUGAUGGAGAAGAUUUCAUCUUUCUGGACCUGAAGGAGCUCAGAUACAUCACAGCUGUAGCGCAGGGAAUACCUACAGUGAUGAAGUGGAACAAUGACAGAGAACGACUUGUCUAUCUAAAACGAUAUUUUAGAUAUAAGUGCACUGACUGGAUGACAUAUUUCUUGACAUCAAGGAAAGUGGAUUUUGAGAGAAGAGCUCCUGAAGUGUCUCUGUUACAGAAAACUUCCUCCUCUCAAGUGAAGUGUCAUGCCUCAGGUUUCUACCCAUCAGCAGUGAAUAUCACCUGGUUAAGAAAUGGAGAAGAUCACGAUGAGGAUGUAGAUCUUGGAGAGUUACUACCAAAUGAAGAUGGGACCUUCCAGAAGACUGUUUCCCUCCGUGUUACUCCAGAUGAAUGGGAGAAGCACCAGUAUGUUUGUGUGGUGGAGCACGAGACAGGGACUAUACUGAGGAAUCUGACUGAGGACGAGAUCAAGAGUAACUACGGACCUACAAAAAGGUACUUCACAAUACUUAUGAGUGUGAUGUACGCACUGACUUUCAUCCUCGUAGUCCUUCUAGUCCUGUAUGUUGGUACUGCAUUCCUUAUUCAGAAAGAAAGUAAUGCAACCAGUAACCAGGAAGAUAGUCUAUUGCAUAGCCCAUCCAGUGAUAGCAUUGAAACUGUCAACAAAGCUCUUUGAAUGGUUUUCUCCAGUCAUCUGCACUUUCCCCAGAAUGUGGGAGAUCAGAUGAUUUCCAGCAUGCACCUGAGACCAAAACGUGUUUAUUGCUGAAUAAUAUUCUUGAGUAUGGGCACUCAAGUAUGAACGCUGAUCUUUUGUACCAAACACAAUGAUCACAUGACCAAAUAAAAAGAAAAAAGAAAAAAAGGAAAAGAACACUUUCUAACAUAUUUGUGAGGUUGAGUCUAUAAAAAUACUGGAUAUGCAUCAAUGUAUAAAUUCAAAUGCAUAUCAGCUAAAGAGCACCCAGAUACUGUCUGAAUAUUACAAUUAUGUUAAUUUCAGGUGUCAUGAGAGAUUUGAAUGUACUAUUGUGAUAUUGUCUUUCAUCACUCAAAUUUGUAUAUAUUUUAAAGUAAAAUAACCUUUUUUUGUAAAUAUACUGUUCACUGAAUAAGACUAGUUUGACAGCUAGCUUUGUUAGUUUUAAAUGGAAAAAU